AUGGAGCCAGUGUUGGUGACCAUGGUGGCUUCCAGCCCGUGCACGAAGGCGGGCCGAGAGCAAGAUGCUAAGAUCGAGGCCCUGCGUUCGGAGUUCGCAGCCAGUCACCAGUUCAUGGACACAGGCUCUGGCGAAGUCGUCUCUUCCGCCACCGCCCACCUCGACCACAAGUGCGACCAGAUCUCGAACCAGCUGCUGGAGCUCCAGAGCGCCCAGGCGGCUGCCUCCAAGAGGAUCGAGGAAUUUGCGAGCUCGCAGGCGGCAGCAGGGCCGCCUCCGCAGGGCUCCAGGACACUCGCAGGGGUCUUCGGGGACGUGCUGUAUCUCAAACUGCUCGAUUGGACAGAGUCGGCGAAGGUCUUGGGCGACUUCUGGGCUAACACGUUCAGUAAGCCGUGUGUCUCUGAGGGCCUCUGGACCGACAUCGCCCCCCACAUCCAGAAGCUUGAGAACCCCCUCCCCGAGGAAUGGAAGCUCGACUAUAUCUCAUGGCACAAGAUGCUCCUCAAGAGGCCCCACAGCAUGCCUGGCCCUGACGGGAUCCCCUACGCGGUCUGGAAACUACCCUCGGCCUCAAGGCUACUUUACACGUGCUACCUCACACUGUUUCAAGAUGACUUCAACGGUCUACCUGAGGAUAUGCGUUGCAGCCUGUUGGCGUUUCUUCCGAAGGGCGUCGAGGACGCUGAUCGUGCCGGUUUCCCGUUGCUACGUUCGCCUGCCUGCACGCGCCCGCUGAGCAUGAGCAACACUGAUGUGAAAUUGCUGGCGGCUGCGUGCAUUCUUCCUGUUGUUUCAAAUACGAAGGGUAUGAUUGGGAGGGAGCAGAAGUGCGUUGGUGGGAGGGACAUGCUUGAGAACGUAGUGAAGGCGGAGGCGUGGGGAUUAGAAAGACACCUCAGAGAUGACCAGAAAGCAGCCCUCUUCUUGACUGACUUUGCCUCUGCCUUCCCUAGCCUCGCUCAAUCCUGGCUUUUCUUUGUCCUCUCGAAGAUGAACAUCCCGUGGUCUAUACGACGAUUCUUUGAAGCUAUGUAUGCUGAGAAAAUCGCGAUUGUCACCGUUGCUGGUCAGCGUUUUCAGACUAUCCCGAUCGAGAGCGGGGUCAAACAAGGGUGCCCCGCCUCCAUGUACCUCUUCGUACUUGCUGUUGACCCAUUGCUCCGAUGGGUUCGUCACCAUUCUACUCCUGCCAUCUCUCUUACCCUCGCAUAUGCUGACGAUUUCCUGUUCGGUCUGAAGAAUGUGCUGACUGAGCUUGGCCCACUUGUCACGCUCCUCAUGCACCCUGAGCAGAUUGCGAAUCUGCGCCACAAUUUCUCGAGGUGCGUGCUGAUCAUUUGCGGCACGCUGGACAGCGCCCGUCUCGCGUCUGUGCUCACGAGUUACGGCAACCCUUUCGGAGGAAUCAAGAUUGGGACUUGGGCGGUUUACCUUGGUUUUCCGAUCGGGUCGGUGGUUCCUGGAUUUCUGGAGCGCACUUGCCAAACUCGCCAGCUAGAUGGUUGGCCCGAGCUCGGCCCCCUCGACAGGAAGCGCUGCCCGUCCGCGUGCCCGGCACGCCUCGUGGCAGAUGGACGGCUCUUCCUGCAGUAUCCUCUCUUCCUGCAGUAUCCUCUCUUCCUGCCGGGUGACACCCCUGGACCCAUCUUUCAGCGAGUCCAGCUAAGCAGAGCCGAGGUACUGUCCGACGUGCGCGCGGUGCAACCGCAGGAGCACAGCGGGAGCGGCGGGCUGGACGAGCGUCACCGACGAGUGCAACAGAACUCCAUCAACCGCCGGUUGGCUCGGCUCGCCCGGCGGACCGACAAUGCUGGCACUCAUAUCCUAGAGGACACGCAGGGCAACAUCCACACGGACGACGAGGUGAUCGCCGAACGAUUGGCGGUUCACUGGCGACGAGUGUUCGGUCACGCGGAUGUUGACGCUGCCAAGCUGGCUACAUGGGCAGUUCUUGCAAGGCAUGCGGGGUCCCAACAGCUGACGUAUCCUGCCGAGAAGUGGCGCCUCAGGUCCAAGGACACCGAAAGAGCAUUACGGAUCGUCGGCAACUCCCGACCAGGCCCCGACGGCAUGCUGUUCCAGGCGUGGCAAUACAUCAUGACGAUGGCAGAAGCAGCAGGCUUUCCUCCCGCAGCAAUGGGGGUACUCACUUCGUUCUACCACCGGGCCGUCGGUACAUUGCUGCUGCAGGGGAGGCUCUACGAGCUGGUUGCGCUGGAGUCUGGGAUUCGGCAAGGGGGCGUUGCCGCGAGGAGCGGGGAGCCGUCGCGCAGCGCGCGCUUCCCCUUCGGGAAGCCGCCCGACGGUCAGACCGAGAGCGUCAUCCGCGGGGGCGUCGACAUCGAGCCCGUGGGGCGGCUCGGCCUCCGCCUCGGGCGGGACGCGCAGCCAGGCGGCUGGAGGAGCGCGCCAGAGCGUCGCUCCGCGUCCGCCCAGCAGGAGUCCGAGCACCGCGAUCAGUACCAGCGGUUCCUGACGCGGGCUCGAUUGCAGCUGCUGAAGUCCACCAGGCCCACGGAAUUCGAGACGGCGCGCGUGGAGAUGCUCGAUCAGAUUUUCUACGACGGUUGGAGGUCGAAUGCGGCUUCGAAGGCGGCGGUGGUGGCGCACUUCCGACCUACUGUUGGCCCUGGCUGCCCCCAGUUGGUGCGUGUCCAGCUGGCCCGCCAGGGCUCUGCGAGGCUGGAUCCGCCGCGGGCUCGUCUUCCACUGCUGCGGGCGGCAGCUUGCCUGGCGGCACGUCGCCUGGCCGAGACAGGCAGCCGGCACCUCGCGGCCGCCGUCAUCUUCGCCUUCAUCCACGAUUUGCGCCCGCGCGAGCUGCCGAGGAGUCGCGAGCGCGACCUGACGCUCCCCCCUGCGCGGGGCCCCCGAGCGGACCUGAAGCCCCACGACGCCAUGACCGGCGUUCGAGACCUACGCAGCGUCCAGGACCGAGGAAGAUGGAUGGCAGAGCGCUCCGUGAUUCGCUACACGAAAGGCGGUCGCGUAAACCAGUUGCUUAAGAGCCUGUCUCCCGCCGUGCGGCGGGCGGCCGACACAGCCGGCAUCCUCCGCCAGGCCUCGGACGCCAUCGCGCGAGCUGGCGGCAUAAGCGCGGGCCCCGACAUGGUCAACGCGGUGAGCACCUUGGCGAUGGCCGUGGCCGACAUGAGCUCUGCGAGCGGCACCAGGAGGAGGGGCGCCGCCCGCUCCACGACCCCGGACGGGCCGCUCGGGGAGGGCGAUCUCGACGUAGACAGCUUCGUAGAGCGGCACGAGCUGGAGCCGUGGGUGGCCGAGGCGCUGCAGCUGCUGACGCCGGCGCAGCGAGCAAAGGUCGUGAACCCCCCGCUCGAGAUGGAGGGGCCAGAUCGUGUCCGGAACCCCAGCGCCGUCAUGUCGAACCGGAUACGGCAUACAUACCUCUAG